UUUAUCUUUAUCUUUUUCUCUCUGCAACUCUGGCUGGUUUUUUAUGUGAUUCUCCACCAUAUUACCAAAAACCCUUUACAAAAAGAUUGAAAGCUUAAGCUCAAUAAACGCCAUGGGUUUCUCUUCUGUUCCAGUCUAUCUAGAUCCCCCCAAUUGGCAGCAGCCACAAACUCAUCAGCAAGCUGGAGUUAUCACCAGUGAGAGUCAUCAUUAUUCUCAGCUUCCACCACCACCAGCAGCGGCGGCGGGUGUUGGUGGUGGUGCAGGCGGUAUUAAGCCUGGUUCGAUGACUGAACGAGCCAGGCUAGCUAAAAUACCCCAGCCGGAGUCGGCUCUGAAGUGCCCUCGUUGUGAAUCGACGAACACUAAGUUUUGUUAUUUCAACAAUUACAGCCUUUCUCAGCCUCGUCACUUUUGUAAGACCUGUAGACGAUACUGGACUCGCGGCGGCGCUUUAAGGAAUGUUCCGGUCGGAGGCGGUUAUCGAAGAAACAAAAGAAGUAAAGGAAGUAAUAGAUCAAAGUCUCCAACGGUAGUUUCUGAACGUCAAACCGGUUCGACCUCGUCUUCAGGUACACUUGCUGCCGAUGGUGGCACUGAUAUUUUAGGCCAUAUGAACCUAGCAGCUCCGCAAUUGCCACUAUUUCCGCCUUUUCAUCAUCUCGUCGACUAUAAUUCCGGGGAUAUCGGGCUGAAUUUCGCCGGAAUUCAGCCCGAUAUGACACCGACUGGCGGUGGAAGUACUAGUGGUACUAACAUGGAUUUUCAAGGCUCAAAUGGAUUAGUGGAACAGUGGAGAUCACUGCAACAGGUUCAACAAUUCCCAUUCUUGACUAGCUUGGAGCAGCAUCAAAAUGGAUUAUAUCCGUUUGAAAGCGAAGGUGUCGAACCGUCCCCAAGUGACGGCGGUCAGCAUCCGCUCCGAUCGAAGCCAUUGGAGAAUGCUAUUACUCAGCUUGCAGCUGUCAAAAUGGAAGACGCUCAAGGAUUGAAUUUAUCAAGGAAUUUCUUGGGAAUUUCAGGCAAUGAUCAUCAAUAUUGGGGUGGCAGUGCUGGCAAUUCAUGGACUGAUCUUUCUGGCUUCAUCAAGGAGAAAUCAAGUCACAGAUAAGGAGUUUCCAAUCAAGAAACAACUCUAACUUUUGCUGCUGUUGUUCAUUUUAAUCUUGUUGUGUUUUCUAUAUAGUAUUGUAAUGCACUAAGAAGUUAACUAGGUUUUUAAUUAUUAUGUAAUAUAUAUUCUGGAAAGAGAGAGAGAGAGAGAGAGCGCUUGGGUACCUGACUUAAGAAAUUAAGGUAGA